AAGAUAGAUGAAGAGAAUGAGGCAAACCUGCUAGCAGUCCUCACAGAGACACUGGACAGUCUCCCUGUGGAUGAAGACGGAUUGCCCUCAUUUGAUGCACUGACAGAUGGAGAUGUGACCACUGAGAAUGAGGCUAGUCCUUCCUCCAUGCCUGACGGCACCCCUCCACCUCAGGAGGCAGAAGAGCCGUCUCUACUUAAGAAGCUCUUACUGGCACCAGCCAACACUCAGCUAAGUUAUAAUGAAUGCAGUGGUCUCAGUACCCAGAACCAUGCGAACCAUAACCACAGGAUCAGAACAAACCCUGCACUUGUUAAGACCGAGAAUUCAUGGAGCAAUAAGGCAAAGAGCAUUUGUCAACAGCAAAAGCCACAAAGACGUCCCUGCUCAGAGCUUCUCAAGUAUCUGACCACAAAUGAUGACCCUCCUCACAGCAAACCCACAGAGAACCGGAACAGCAGCAGAGACAAAUGCACCUCCAAAAAGAAGGCCCACACGCAAUCGCAGUCCCAACAUUUACAAGCCAAACCAACAGCUUUAUCUCUUCCUCUGACCCCAGAGUCACCAAAUGACCCCAAGGGUUCCCCAUUUGAGAACAAGACUAUUGAACGAACCUUAAGUGUGGAACUCUCUGGAACUGCAGGCCUAACGCCACCCACAACUCCUCCUCAUAAAGCCAACCAAGAUAACCCUUUUAGGGCUUCCCCAAAGCUGAAGCCCUCUUGCAAGACUGUGGUACCUCCGCCAUCAAAGAAGGCCCGGUACAGCGAGUCUUCUGGUACCCAAGGCAAUAACUCCACCAAGAAAGGGCCCGAGCAGUCUGAGCUGUACGCACAGCUCAGCAAGACCUCCGUGCUCACCAGUGGACACGAGGAAAGGAAGGCUAAGCGGCCCAGUCUACGGCUGUUUGGUGACCAUGACUAUUGUCAGUCAAUUAAUUCCAAAACCGAAAUACUCAUUAAUCUGUCACAGGAGCUCCACGACUCCAGACAACCAGACGAUAGAGAUGCCUCCUCCGACUGGCAGGGGCAGAUGCGCGCUUCCACAGAUUCAGACCAGUGCUGCCUGAGGGAGACCUCGGAGGUGAGCAGGCGGGUCUCUCCCGGCAGCAUCAGGAAACAGCUCCAAGACCAGGAAAUCCGAGCUGAGCUGAACAAGCACUUCGGUCAUCCCAGUCAAGCUGUUUUUGACGACGAAGCAGACAAGGCCAGUGAACGGAGGGACAGUGGUUUCAGUAACGAACAAUUCUCCAAACUACCUAUGUUUAUAAGUUCAGGACUCGCCAUGGAUGGCCUGUUUGAUGGCAGUGAAGAUGAAAGUGACAAACUGAACUCCCCUGGGGACGGCACGCAGUCCUACUCGUUGUUCAACGUGUCGCCUUCUUGUUCAUCUUUCAACUCUCCGUGUAGAGAUUCCGUGUCGCCACCCACAUCCCUGUUUGCUCAGGGACCCCAAAGGAUGCGCUCUCGUUCAAGGUCCUUUUCUCGACACAGGUCGUGUUCUCGAUCACCAUAUUCCAGGUCACGGUCAAGGUCCCCAGGCAGUAGAUCCUCUUCAAGAUCUUGCUACUACUCUGAGUCAGGCCGCUGCAGACGCCGCGCGCACCGACAUUCUCCCCUGCGCGCAAGAUCACGUUCAAGAUCGCCCUGCGGCCGGCGGCCCAGGUAUGACAGCCACGAGGAAUAUGAGCACGCGAGGCUGAAGAGGGAAGAAUACCGCAGAGAGUAUGAGAAGCGCGAGUCUGAAAGGGCCAAGCAGAGGGAGAGGCAGAGGCAGAAGGCAAUUGAAGAACGCCGUGUGAUUUAUGUUGGUAAAAUCAGACCUGACACAACACGGACAGAACUGAGGGACCGUUUUGAAGUUUUUGGUGAAAUUGAGGAGUGCACAGUAAAUCUGCGGGAUGAUGGAGACAGCUAUGGUUUCAUUACCUACCGUUAUACCUGUGAUGCUUUUGCUGCUCUUGAAAAUGGAUAUACUUUGCGCAGGUCGAAUGAAACUGACUUCGAGCUGUACUUUUGUGGACGCAAGCAAUUUUUCAAGUCUAACUAUGCAGACCUAGAUUCAAACUCAGAUGACUUUGACCCUGCUUCCACCAAGAGCAAGUAUGACUCUCUGGAUUUCGAUAGUUUACUGAAAGAAGCCCAGAGAAGCUUGCGCAGGUAACAUGUUCCCUGGCUGAGGAUGACAGAGGGACGGUGAAUACCUCACGGGACAGCGCGUCCUUCCCUAACAGACUAUCGCAAGUCAUACUUAGGAACUUCUCCUACUUUACACUCUCUGUACAAAAACAAAACAAAACAACAACAAUACAACAAGAACAACAAUGGUUUACAUGAACACAGCUGCUGAAGAGGCAAGAGACAGAAUGGAAAUCCAGUAAGCACAUGUUUAUUCAUGGGUGUCAGCUUUGCUUUCCCUGAGUCUCUUGGUGAUGGAGUGUGUGUGUGUGUGUGUGUGUGCGCGUGCAUGUGUGUGUGUGUGUUUGCCUGGUUUGGGGGAAGAGUGUAUGUACAGGUGGGGACUGGGGGCACCUGACCAGAGGGUGCAAGAGCAAACCACUUCGAACGGCAGCAGUUCCAUGAAGACACACUUAAAACCUAGAACUUCAAAAUGUUCAUAUUCUAUUCGAAAGGAAAAAAAUGCGUACAUCCAAAAGGAAAGAAAACUAACCAACCAACCACAAGCCACCCUAAAAUGACAGCCACUGAUGUCUGGGCAUCAGCCUCCGUACUCUGUUUUUUAAGAAAGUGCAAAAUCAACUUGAAGCAAGCUUUCUCUCAUAACGUAAUGAUUAUAUGACAAUCCUGAAGAAACCGCAGGUUCUGUAGAACUCACAUCCUUUCUUUCUCUCCCCUCUCCCUUUUUUUCUUUCUUUUUUUCCCCUUUUUCCUUUUGCCAUGGAAUCUGGGUGGGAAAGGAUACUUCGGGCACCGAAUGCUCAACUUUCCUAACAUUUUGAAGUUUCUGUACUUCGUCCUUUCUCCUGACACCCAUGUAAAUGUCCGAAAUGUUGAUCUUCCACUGCAAAUUUCAAAAGCCUUGUCAAUGGUCAAGCGUGCAUCUUGUUCAGUGGUUCUUUCUGAGGAGCGAGCGCGGUGUUACAUUACUAAGGAGAGUCGGGUAGAACUCUCUGGGAGGUGUUCAGAUAGUGUAAUUGCUACAUUCUCUGAUGUAGUUAAGUAUUUACAGAUGUUAAAUGGAGUAUUUUUAUUUUGUGUAUAUAUGAUACAAUGAUGUUCUUUUUUUGUUACAGCUAUGCACUGUAAAUGCAGCCUUCUUUUCAAAACUGCUAAAUUUUUCUUAAUCGAGAAUAUUCAAAUGUAAUUAUGAGGUGAAACAAUUAUUGUACACUAACAUAUUUAGAAGCUGAACUUACCGCUUAUAUACAUUUGAUUGUAAAACAAAACAAAACAAAGGACAGUGUGUGUGUCCGUUGAGUGCAACACAACAAAUCGAUGCUUUACGCACAACCAUCCCUUCUUAGGUGAGCUUCGAUCCAAGCAUCUUGUCAAGAAAUCUCCUAACCCCCUAAAGGUAUUAACCACU